AUGGCAGAAAAGAAGGAGAAAGCAAAGAAUCUAGGCCUCGUAAAAGUCAGAGCAAUUGCUGCAAAAGUCAUUGGAUGCGGAAGAAACAAGGUGUGGAUGGACCCCACAGAGUCUGUAAAACUCUCUGAGGGAAAGACCCCCGAGCAGGUCUCGCAGAUGGUCCAGGACGGGCUCAUCGUAAGAAGGCCAGACGUCGGGCAGUCCCGGGGAAGAGUCCGACAGUUCAGGCUGGAGAGGUCUCUGGGAAGACACAGAGGUCUCGGCCGAAGACGGGGAACGAAGAAUGCAAGAUUCCCGCAGAGAAAGAUCUGGAUGAUGCGCAUCCGUGCCGUUAGAAAGGACCUUAAGGAGCUUAGAGAGGAGGGAAGAAUUGACAGGAAGAUGUACAGAGCUAUCUACUUAAAGGCAAAGGGAGGAUACUUUAAGAACAGGAGGAUGCUUAAGGAGUACGUCGUCAAUGAAGAGCUUAGAAAGAAGAAGGAAGAGAUGGUGUCAAUGACGCAGGCUGGGCUUUAA